CUUUUCUUGGUAUUGCUCGCACAGAAAACCAAGAACGCUCGGGCCCCUUUCGAGACAACAGACAUGCCAGAGCCACUACCUCACGCUACGAGGCCGCUCCUGGCCUUGGGCCUAGAAGGGAGCGCAAACAAGCUAGGCGUCGGUGUGGUGCGUCACAACGUCGAUGAAUCCGUCGAUGUGCUCUCCAACGUGCGGCACACCUACGUCACCCCUCCCGGCACCGGCUUCCUGCCUUCGGACACGGCUCGCCAUCAUCGGCGCUGGCUCGUCGCUGUCUCGCGAGAGGCCGUGAAAAAGGCUGGCAUCGCCUCGAUUUCGCAGUGCGACUGUGUCUGCUACACAAAGGGCCCAGGGAUGGGCGCACCUUUGCAGUCCGUCUCUAUCGUCGCACGGACACUCGCACUGAUGUACAACCUUCCCCUUGUCGGCGUCAAUCACUGCAUUGGGCACAUUGAAAUGGGUCGAACGAUCACGGGGGCGCGCAACCCAAUCGUCCUCUACGUCUCGGGCGGCAACACCCAAGUCAUUGCGUACAGCAACCAACGCUACCGAAUCUUUGGCGAGACGCUCGACAUUGCCGUGGGAAACUGCCUCGACCGCUUUGCUCGUGUCAUUGGUCUGAGCAACGACCCGAGCCCCGGCCAGAACAUCGAAAAAGAGGCCAAGGGCGGGAGGAAGCUGCUGGCGCUGCCGUAUGCGACAAAGGGCAUGGAUGUCAGUCUGGGUGGUAUCUUGGCGGCCACCGAAGCCUAUACGCGCGACAAGCGCUAUCGAGGGAAUAGGAACGAGCAAAAGAAGCCUGGUGGCGAGGCCAACAACAGGGAUGCCUUUGAGGACAUGAAGGCGUCGCUCGCCAACGGCCUCGGCUUCAGCUCAGACGGGAGGCACCAGGGCCAAGAGGCUGCUGGCAUUGAGACAAAAGUGCUAAGUCAAGACGGUCAGGGGGAAGAGGGAGACGAUGGCAUUACGGCAGCGGACCUCUGUUUCUCUCUGCAAGAGCAUGUCUUUGCCAUGCUCGUUGAGAUUACGGAGCGAGCAAUGGCCCACGUCGGCAGCCCAGAGGUGCUCAUUGUCGGUGGCGUGGGCAGCAACAAGCGCCUGCAGGCCAUGAUGGGCACCAUGGCUAUUGAGCGAGGCGGCAGAGUCUUUGCCACUGAUGAGCGUUUCUGCAUCGACAAUGGCAUCAUGAUUGCCCAUGCUGGACUCCUGGCUCAUCGCAUGGGCCUCGACACACCGCUGGAAAAGACGACGACGACGCAAAGAUUCCGGACCGAUGCGCCGCUAGUCACGUGGAGGGAUUGACUUCCGUGUAUGUAGAACCAAAUGUAUAUUACUAGCCCCCAUCAUUGCCUUGACUUGAAAUGCAGCAAAAGAUGGCGUUGAG